UAACAUUUAAACUCACAACCACGAGGUAAGCUCGUUUAUUGCAUUGUCUUCACAAUCUACUAUACCAAUGGAGAACACAGAUAAAAUUACCUCCUUGCAUCGGAGACGAGGCUUUCAAAUCGGCCGAUUUACUACUCUAUCUACACAACGGUACCAACUUCGUUGGCGCCAACAACGAAUUACGAGAGCUCUGAAACCUUCUGCAGUCCGACGAUCAUAAGGUAAAGGUUCAGUCCUUUUUAACCGACCGACGGAUCGAAUGGCGCUUCAUUCCUCCCAACUAACAUCACUUCGGCGGGUUGUGGGAGGCUGCAGUGAAAUCCUUCAAACCACAUCUCAGACGUAUCGUAGCUGGCAACAUAUUCAAAAACUCAAACAUUUCUGGCGCCACUGGCAUCGAGAGUAUCUGAACGAGCUGAACAUCCGAAACAAAUGUAGUAAGGGCAGUCACGACAUACGAGAAGGCGCCAUCGUCAUUCUCAGAGAAGACAACGUUCCCCCAAUGCAAUGGCCACUGGGCAGAAUCAUCAAGGUCCAACCCGGCGCAGACGCAUCAUACGGACGGCUACCGUUCGAUCGGAGCAUCAAGCAGAUGGUAGCACUCACUACCAUGCAGGGAUACUGGACGAACGACUGA